AUGGACGCCUCCAUUUCGCGCGAGCUAUCAAAGCUCGAUAACGCGUUGCCAUUCCGCGUCUCUACGGAUUAUCUGCAUCAUACCUGGGCCAAGACUUUCUUCUCGCGGCCUGAACUUUACAUCCGCCCCCAGAACAUACCGGAGAUCCAACAGCUGGUCACUCUUGCCCGCCGAUGUCGACGUCGUCUAGUCACUGUCGGAAGUGGCCACUCACCAUCCGAUCUGACCUGCACAUCGUCCUGGCUCGUGAACCUCGAUGACUUCAAUCGCAUUCUGCAUGUGGAUACCGACGCGCGGACCGUGACUGUGGAGGCUGGUAUUCGACUACGCGAUCUUGGAAAUCGACUCGAGGAACACGGGCUCAUGCUGGAGAAUUUGGGAAGCAUUGAUAGUCAGUCCAUUGCCGGUGUUAUCUCGACAGGAACACACGGAAGCUCGCUACGACAUGGAUUGAUCUCCGAAUGUAUUCAGGCCCUGUCUCUGGUCUUGCCUAACGGCCAGCUGGUACGCUGCAGUGCCGCCAACAAUUCUACUCUCUUCCGCGCCGCACUGAUCUCACUCGGUGCUCUAGGCAUCAUUGUCGAGGUGACGAUCUCGGCGCGACCUGCUUACAAGAUUGCAUGGCGCCAGGAGCGAUAUUCAUUGUCGCAAGUCUUGCGCGAAUGGUCGAACGGGCUGUGGACGUCUCAUGAAUUCGUUCGCGUCUGGUGGUUGCCCUAUGAGAAGGGUGCUAUCGUCUGGCGUGCGGAUCAGACUGAUCUUCCGCUGCGCGCCCCUCCCAGAAACUUUUACGGGGACUGGUUCGGCUACCACGUCUACCACAAUCUACUCGCAGCGUCAUGUUACUUCCCACGCAUACUGCCGUGGGUGGAAUGGUUCAUUUUUGGAAUGCAGUACGGUUUCCGUGCUGGGUCAACGGUUACCGAGGCAGUCGAGCCGGCGCGCACUGGUCUAUUGAUGAAUUGCCUCUACUCGCAAUUUGUCAACGAGUGGGCCUUGCCAUUGAAAGAUGGACCGGAGGCUAUUAGCCGUCUCUCUGCGUGGUUGAAUGGGGACCAAGCGACCGCACGCAUCCCGUUUAGUAGCAAGGGUCUGUGGGUGCACUGCCCAAUUGAGGUACGCGUGUCAGAUACGAGUCGGAACCCCAACCCCCGGCCCUUUCUCGAUCCGACAUCUCGCGACGGCCCCACACUGUACCUGAAUGCGACCCUUUACCGCCCAUACCUCCGCGACCCACCGUGCCUGUUGAGGUACUAUGAGGCCUUUGAAUGGCUCAUGCGCGACAUGGGCGCGCGACCCCACUGGGCCAAGAACUUUACGACACUGGACUCGAGCGAGUUACAUGGCCUGUACGGCGAGGACAUGGACUCUUGGUUAGCAGUCCGUCGCGAAGUUGAUCCGGAGGGCAUGUUCGUUGGUGAAUGGCAUCAGCGAAAUCUGCCGCUGUUUGAGCUGAGGGAUCUGACUAACGAAAGCGAUCGGUUGCCUCUCCUGGAGCGAGAGAGUGAGCGACGCAGGUUGGACGUGAGUGGCAUGGGUGAUGGUAUUGAAUGGGUUGGGGAUCGUCGGUGGCAGGGCAACUCAUUCGUGCAGGCGGAGAAGGUAGCCCCGUCUGACCACUCCCCUUCCAGUCCAGCGAGCAAAGAGAGCUUUGAUUUGCUUGCAAAGGGUGAAGCCAGCAUCUUGCUCCCCGAGCUUAACUCCGGAGCAUGA